GACUUACAUUAACUCAUCGUGGAGACUCAAGCUCCAGUAUACGAAUUACACGAUGCCUCGAGUAUAUAUCAUAGAGAAGAUGACGACGUUCCGAGAUCAAUUUUUUGUUAAUCAGACUCAAGAAAUCUAUCCUCUUCAAAUAUAUCCUUCAAAACAAGAACCCCUUUAUUUAUUUCUCCCAUAACCAGUAGGCAUCACAAUGGCACCGGGAAUCUUAGUUGAUGACACCACAAGCCGAAACGGACUUGAGCUCGAGGAGACUUCCGACCACAUCGACGCAGUCAAUGUGUUGAAAGGGAAAUCACAGUACGACGCCAAGUCGAAAUUCGACGAGGAAAAGGACAAGACACAGUUCAGACAGUACGAAGAAGCAUGCGACCGGGUAAAGAACUUCUACCGAGAGCAGCAUGAGAAGCAGACUGUAGCGUAUAACCUCAAGGCGCGCAACGACUUCAAGACGCGGAAGCGGGAGGAGAUGACCGUCUGGGAGGCUAUCGAGAAGCUCAACACGCUGAUUGACGAGUCCGACCCGGAUACCAGCCUCUCGCAGAUCCAGCACCUGCUCCAGUCCGCCGAGGCCAUCCGCCGCGACGGCAAGCCCCGCUGGAUGCAGCUUACAGGCUUGAUCCACGAUCUCGGCAAGCUUCUCUACUUCUACGGCUCCCAGGGCCAAUGGGACGUCGUCGGCGACACCUUCCCUGUGGGCUGCGCCUUCGACAAGCGCAUCAUCUAUCCGGAUACCUUCAAGAACAACCCCGACUCCAAGGACCCCAUUUACAACACCAAGUUUGGCAUCUACUCCCCCGGAUGCGGGAUGGAUAACGUGAUGCUGUCGUGGGGUCACGACGAGUACCUGUACCAUGUCGUCAAGGACCAGUCAACCUUACCUCCCGAGUCGCUCGCCAUGAUCCGCUACCACUCAUUCUACCCCUGGCACAAGGAGAACGCAUACCGUGAGCUGAUGGACGAGCACGAUGAGGAUAUGCUCAAGGCAGUGCGCGCGUUCAACCCGUAUGACCUAUACAGCAAGAGCGACGGCAUCCCAGAUGCCGAGGAGUUGAAGCCGUACUACCUAGAGUUGAUCGACGAGUUCUUCCCUCAGAGGGUUGUCAAGUGGUAAAAUUUUACCUAUCAGGAUAUAUUCGGCGUGAAUGACUGGAUGUAUUUUUUUCUUUAUGUUAAGUCGGGCUAGCGUUUUUUUUUCAUGAAAUUUUGAUAUUUUGGGACAGGGUGAUGAUGGUAUGGCGAGCGGAAUAUAUCAUUCCCCAUGACGACUCUCCGUCCUAGCUGAGGCAGGGUGAUCCAUAUCUGGGAUCCGGGAUUAACUGGCUUACUAUCCCAGUUGGAACAGAGAUUGAACUGUAGAUUCAAAAAUCCGUAAAAUUAUAUCUCACAGACCAAAAAAAUACCACUACACUCUUUA